CCUGCGCAACAACCCCAGGCUUCGCGGGCACAACAACUUUGCGCUCCUAUUUAUGAUCCUCAGAGUGAGGACUCGGUAGUAAACAUGGUCCGCGAGGACCUCAUUGUGUCGGCUGUCUCUUUCCUCCAAGAUCCUUCGGUUGCGAGUGCGCCCCUUGAGAAGCGCAUUGCCUUUCUUCAGUCGAAGAACCUCACACAAGAGGAGAUCGACCUCUCAUUAGCACGCGCCGCCGAGGAUCCUAGCCACUCUUCCUCCCAAACACCACAGGCUUCAACACCGUCCAGCUAUGCAUACCGACAGCCUCCACCGCCUCCAGCGUAUGGGGCCUAUCCGCCAGGAUAUUGGCAGCAACCGCCACCCCCAGAGCCACCAAAGCGCGACUGGCGUGACUAUUUCAUUAUGGCAACAGUCAUGGGAGGUGUAAGCUACGGGUUGUAUUUCACCGCAAAGCGCUACAUCCUUCCCCUGAUAUCCCCACCCACACCACCUCAGCUUGAACAGGACAAAGCAUCCAUCGAUGAAUCAUUCAAGCGCGCAUUCGAUCUGCUCGACCAAUUAAAUACCGACACUACCGCACUGAAAGCAUCUGAGGAGGCAAGAACAAGCAGACUCGACGUAGCGCUUGGAGAAAUGGAAAGUGUUUUGGCAGGCUUGAAGGAGUCAUCCAAGCGGCAAGGAGAGGAUAACAGGCGGAUUGAGGAUGAUGUGCGGGGGCUAAGAGAUCUGAUUCCUAAAGCACUAGAUGCACAGAAGGAGAUAACCGAUACCCGACUGAAAGAGCUGUCCACCGAGCUGAAGAGCCUGAAGACGCUCGUUGGUAACAGAAUGGGUGCCGGCACAGCGCGCCCUCCCACGACGACCCAAAGCUACUACGGAAUGGGACAGACUUCGAAUUCGACACCAAACGUCAGUAGUCCGUCAGCACCAACGGCUUCGACACCUGCUCCUUUACCUCAGCCCACGCCAGCUGCAACCCCAGGCGAGCAACCGAAUGGAGCAAGCGCAGCCGAUGGCCAAGGGAGUAGCAACGCAGCUACAUCUUCGACCCCAGCGCCAGAGAGGCCACAGACUUCUACACCAUAUAGCCGGAUGACCAAUGGACGGGCUGCGAUUCCAGCCUGGCAGAUGGCCGCAGCAAAGAAGAAUGAGGAAGCAAAGAAGGAUACGAGUGAGAGCGGAACUGUGGCCGACGCCAGUCCUAGUUCAUAAUGUAGCGUGUUCUGUAUCUGUGCUACGCAUUUCAUAUGUUUUGGUGUCAUCUUGAACUUUUCUUGGAUGUAUUAUAUUGGAUCAAGCGCUAGUAUAGUCGGCAUAUUACCGGGGGCUAGGGAAAUACGGAAACCCCGCUGGGAUAUUAGAUACAAUCGAG